AUGCUGGCGAAUGCCGUCCGCCUGUUCCGAUUGCUGAUUGGAGCGUCCAGUAGCACUUUUCUGGCCAUCUCCGUAACAGACGCCUGCUUCCGCCAGAGGUGGCGCUGGAUCUGUGUCACCCACGCGGAAAUCCUCGCCUGGGAGACAGCAACGGACGCGCACAGAAUGAGCGCCGUGCUGGCCGCCUUGCUGAUUUCCUCUGCCUCGGUGGUGGACCGCUCUACCAGUGUCACCACCGAGUUGGAGAGCAGCUCUGAAGCGGAGGACCAGCCCCGAAAACGAAAACGGAGGGAAAAAAAAUACCCAACCUACGAAUCAGACACUGACUCUGAGCCGGUGGCCCAAAAAACGAGGGGUGUUAUUCCGCAAAAUGCGGCGACGUUACCCUUCAUCCCACCACCGUGCUUCACUGCCAAUUCUCAGGACCACCAACGACCACCACCACAACAACCCUGCAUCUCUGCCAAUUCUCAUGACCAACACCACCUAAACGACAUCAGCUGGAACACAAGGCGUCUGGGGUCUGUGGGUGAGACAUUAACUGGCAAUGGCAUUUUCACAGUUACUCCACCUGAAAGACAUCCACCAUUUAUGAGUCCAGAUUUCAGUUACCCUGAAUUGUCCACAUUAAAUGCCAGCGACGGUCGGGACCAAGGAGGCAGGGGUCAUUUCACACAAUUAAUGGGGCCCACAACACCCAGAAAUGAGCAUGUCUUCAGGCCCACAUUUAGGGUUGGGGAUGAUAGUGGCCCGAUUCCCUGCACAGGCGACUUCGCUCUCCUCUGUUGGAGGGGUGGACACUAAGAGGGUUGUGUGGAAUAUUCUGGCAAGAAUGAUUACUGCACCGUGACACGCAGGAUCAAUUGGAACGGAGUAAACGGCAAAAGGGCCUUCAAUAAAAUGGCCAUGAAAAUCGUUCUU